CGCCUCCGAGGGCGCAUUCACUCGCUGAAAACCUGAAAACGCGAUGAAAAUACGUUGAAAUAUUGUUGAUCUGUGCAACCGUGCUGUGUUUUAUAAUUCUGGAUAUACAUUUGUACCAUCGGUAGUCAUCGUUCGCGUGUUUCGCUGAUUAGAUAAGAUAAAAAGAUGUAACAAGGACAGAUGAUACGAUCUACAGAAUCGCGAUGUGGAAGUUGUGCAAUGCUCACUAAACAUUCAAAUGUUCUAAACUAAGAACGCCAUUUUGUGAAUAACGGUUUUAUAUAAAUUUCCAAAUUUUAAAAUCAUGAUCACAUGACAUUCGGUCUACAAUCGAAUAAGGUGCCAGUUCAAAUUUUAAAAAAUGUGUUCAUGUUGAAAUUUUUAAAAUAUUAAAAUAAGAAAGUGCAAUUAGUGUGAAAAAAAAAUGCAACGUCAAAGUCUAUAAUGACAAACGAAUAGUGAGGGGAAAGUGUUUUGAGUGGCCAGUGUUUUUAAGAUGGUGUAUUAGUGACAGUGUUACGAUGGGUUGCCAGUUGGGUAAGCUAGCGGCGUCUGAGCGGCGCGGCAACAACGCGGGGCCGGCUAUCAGCGAUGGGCCCCCGCCGGCCACGGAUCCCCGCCUGCCGCUGACUGCCAAGCAGAAAUACUCGAUGCUUGCCUCGUGGAAGGGCAUCUCGAGAGCCAUGGAGAAGACUGGCAUCUGUAUGUUUAUUAAAUUAUUUGAAGAAAACCAAGACUUGCUAAACAUGUUCGAGAAAUUCCGCCAGUGCCGGACGAAGGAGGAGCAGAUCAACUCCAUGGAGCUUGCGGAACACGCCAACAACGUGAUGAACACGCUGGAUGAGGGCAUCAAGGGCCUGGACGAUCUGGACAACUUCUUCGGGUAUAUACACCAAGUAGGAGCCAGCCAUAGAAGAAUACCUGGAUUUAAAGUCGAGUAUUUUUGGAAAAUCGAGGCUCCUUUCCUAGCAGCAGUAGAAUCGACGUUGGGUGACCGCUACACGCCCAACGUGGAGAACAUCUACAAAAUAACCAUCAAGUUCAUACUAGAAACCCUCAUAGAAGGCUACGAGGCCGCCGGCAAGCACGCGACGUGAGCUCAAAUAUGUACAGAACAAAACUAAAUAGAACUGAGAACCUGAACAAAUCCGAGACUCACACAUUAGUCUUAAAAAAAUAAAAAUAUCCUUCAGAACAACUGACGAGCGACCGCCAUACACAAAACUUUGAAAUCGGAAUACGUAACGAAUUUUCAUAAUCAACAUUCCAAAUUCAAAGUUUUAUAGAAUGCCGCGCAAAAUUAAUGUCAAUUUAAACGAGAUUUUAAAGUGAAGUGUACAGACGUUUAUAAAAUGCAUCGCGAAUUAUGUGUAUAAUGUGAAUAAUUAUAUUAUUGUGUAUAGUUGUCACUGUUCUUUUUCGCUCGUCUGUAUGUAGACUGGUAAACCUAGUUAUUUGGGACUAACAGUUCAGUAUGGGAACAUUUACUGAUUUAUUAGAACGCUUUUAGCAUAGAAACAUACUUUUAAUAAUAGAAUCAAAAUGUAGAUAAAAAUAGUAAAAGAUGUGUGUUAAAAUAAGAAAUUUUAAACCAAAUAACUUUUUUAAAUGUCACAAAACGCUUGUUAGUACUAAUUUAAUGGUAAAAUAUUAAUAUUAUUUAUUUCUAAUGAUAUUCUUCUUAACGUCCUAAAUAUUGGCUGGUCCAAUAUGUUUUAUUAUUUAAAAAUAAUAAUUCGGCAUAAUUAUUGUUAAAUUGCGUCUUCCGUGCGUGAAUGUUGUUGUAUUUAGAAUAAGUUAAAAUUCAAAAGUUUAUAUUAAAAUGUAAUUCGAGUUGUUGUUUACACGGAAAAUUCUGUUUUAUAUAAAUAAUAGUUAAAACUUCUUUUAGGUAAUAUUGUUUAUAAAUUAUUUAUUAGCGCGAUUAGAGCACAACACAUACAGAAUUAAUAUAAAAUAUAUAAUAAUAUAUAACCUACACGUUUGUUAUAUUUUUUUACAACUUUUUAAUCAAAUUUACCUAAAAUAUGCACAAAGUUCACAAAAUGAACCAUUUUCAUGAAAAAUCAUCAAAAAUUUAUCUCCAUAAUAUGAAACAACGUGUAUUUUUUACGUCUGUAUAUUGUAUCUUUAAGUUUCUAUUGUUUUCAGAAUAAAAGUUAUUAUUCCGUUCUCGAUGUUCCACAUUCGUAUUUUAAAAUUCAAA